UACAUUCAACACAGUCUGUCUGUGAAAGCCUGAGUUCCGCACACUUCCUCCCAUCUAAAGACGUUAUUGUGAAAAGGCCGUCCUGACAUCUCAAACAUUAGAGACUGCCAGCUUCCAACAUGUCUUCUAACGCCUCCGUCCCUACCUCUGACUCUACCUCACAACAACAACAACAACAACAACCAGCUCCGAACCCCGCACCCCCGGCAGGAGAGGGCUCCCGACCGAACCUGUGGUCCAAAUCUAGCGCUAUAGGAUCAAAAUGGCACAAUGUAGCUCAACUCAUUAUGAAGCGACAAAAGGAAGAAGCAGAGAGUCACAAACAUGACUUAUUCCAGGAUUACGAAGUGGGUGAGGACUGCCCUAUUGUUUUCGGGGGCACGAAAGAAAAACACAUCGAUGAAGAGCUUCAAGAAAAAUCAACGGAAAAGACGAGAAAGUCUCGCAAGUUCCUGAAGAAGGCCAUGACGGCAACAUCAGAGGGAACAGCGGAGCCGUCAGCCUCGUCUGUACCCAUGAAAGACCGAACAAACGUGGAGUAUCAAAGGGUUCUGGUGGAUGGAGAGGGAAUCGCAGGGGUUCCUCUCCGUGACCUCCAAGACGCAUCCAAAGGUUUGCUAGAAGCCCUGGCCAUCAGGGAGAAAUACAUGCGGCUCAACUUUCAGAGUUACCCCAAAACUACGUCCCGUUACCUGCGUAUGGUGGACAAUGAACCUACUCCGAACGAAAGUGACUUCACGGGUGUUGAUGAGGACACCGACUGGGCAGGGAAAUACGGCGAUCCUUUCCGCUGUCGUAACAUACCAGAGAACUUGAAUUACGCUUACAAAAUGGUGGAGGGAGUGGUGUACGUGUAUAAGGAUACUGCCAGCAUGGAUGCCGGGAAGCCCGUAGAACUUCCGUACCCCGACAAGGAUGCCUUCCUGAAAGACUAUAUGCUGAUGCUGGCUCUGAUGAGUGAUGGGCCGAUAAAAUCCUUCUGCUAUCGCCGCUUACAGUUUCUAGACUCUAGGUUCAAGAUCCAUCAACUUCUGAAUGAACUUGCGGAGUCGGCCGAGACAAAGCAGUCACCACAUAGGGACUUCUACAACGUUAGAAAGGUGGACACACAUAUCCAUGCCUCCGCCUGUAUGAACCAGAAGUCUCUCCUCAACUUCAUGCGAACUAAAAUCAACCAGUUUGGCGGAGAAAUCGUCAUCAAGGCUGACAAAAAGGAAAAGACACUAAAAGAGGUCUUCGAUGAAGAAAGUUUAACAGCGUACAACCUGACAGUGGACAGUCUGGAUUGUCAUGCAGAUAGGCAAACCUUUCACCGAUUUGACAAGUUCAACUCCAAGUACAACCCAGCUGGGUGCGGCAUUCUCCGGGACAUUUUCAUCAAGACAGACAACUUUAUCCACGGCCGUUACUUCGCCGAGAUAGUAAAGCAAACCAUGUCUGAGCUGGAGUUCAGUAAGUACCAGUACGCCGAGCUGAGGCUGUCUAUCUACGGGCGGUCCAUGGACGAGUGGGACAGGCUGGCAGAGUGGUGCGUCACCAACAGGGUAUUCUCUAACCAGGUCCGCUGGAUGGUGCAGGUUCCCAGACUCUUUGAUGUGUAUCGGUCCAAGGGAUCCAUGCAAAAUUUCCAGCAGAUGUUGGAUAACGUCUUCUUGCCUCUAUUUGAUGCAACUAUAAACCCUCAGAAGCACCAGAAUCUGCACAUCUUCCUGAACUACGUUACAGGCUUUGAUUCUGUUGAUGACGAGUCAAAGGCAGAACGUCACCUGUUCAACCAGCGCAGCCCGACUCCGGAUGAGUGGACCAUGAAUGAAAGUCCUCCAUACACCUAUUACAUGUACUACAUGUAUGCUAACCUGGUUGUUCUCAACCACCUCAGAAAGCAGCGGGGUAUGAGGACGUUCAACCUGCGGCCUCACUGCGGAGAGGCUGGAGAUGCGCGUCAUCUGGUCUCAGCCUUCAUGUUGUCUGAAAAUAUUUCUCAUGGACUCAACCUGAAAAAGAGCCCAGUUCUGUACUACUUGUUUUACCUGGCGCAAGUGGGAAUCGCGAUGUCACCUCUGAGCAACAACAGUCUGUUCCUGGACUAUAACCGCAACCCGCUGUACGAGUACCUGUCCAGGGGACUCAACAUCUCACUGUCAACGGACGAUCCACUGCAGUUCCACUACACAAGGGAGCCACUGAUGGAGGAGUACGCCAUAGCUGCACAGGUCUGGAAGCUGACCAACUGUGACAUGUGUGAGAUCGCCCGGAACAGCGUGGCCAUGAGCGGCCUGCCGGAAAAGAUGAAGAAGCAUUUCUUGGGAGAAAACUAUCGUCAGAAGGAGGGCCCUGCCGGAAACACAGUCCUCAAAACCAACAUCCCCAACAUCAGGGUCGCCUAUCGCUUUGAGACGAUGACAGAAGAGCUCGCAUUGCUUUGUAACGGGGCGAAAGUGUUUGACUAGCGAGAUUUCCGAUGUUUGACAACGAACAUACAUAUGUUAGACCCUGUAUAUAGGAAAUCCAGUUUAUUGACGCAACAACAUCUGGGAAUUUGGGGUGAGCUUGGGCAUUAUGUGCAAAUUUAAAGCAAAUCAAAUCAAAUCAAACGGUUGUAAGAUCAAGAAAAGUAUCACAGCUCACUUUCUGCAGAAUCCACUUCUCUUUCUGUACAUCUCUCAACGACUUAGUGAAAGAAGCAGGUUUGCCAAAAUGAAAUUGAAGUGAUUCAAGGUAACAAA